CACAGCAUCGUCGCACGCCAUUGCUUAGUAGCCAGGGAAAAAGAGAAGCCGAUCUGAUUCUGCUCUCAUCACACACACCGCCAUGCCGGGGAGAGAAGACGAAGCCUUCGCUGACGAGGAGAGCUCGCAGUGCAGCAGCGGCUGCCAGUCCGGCUGGACCCUGUACCUGGAGCAUUCCGGGUCAGGCCAGCAGCAACGUCGCACGCUGCCAUACGUGCAGCCCGGCGACGUCCUGAGGCAGAUGCUGCCGCAGGUGGAAUACUCCGACGACGAGGAGGAGGAUUCUAUGGUCUCCGACGCGUCCUCCGGCCUGCCGCCGCACCUGCGCGGCGAAGAGGAGGAGCUGCUGCAAGUGCAAGGUCAGACCAGCAUGCUUUCACAGCAGCGUCGGUCGGCCUUCGGCGGCGACCAAUGCCACUCCGGCUGGGGUGGCAGUCGUCACAGCGCGAGCCUCUCUGGCUCCCGUUCCUUCAUCUCCACGAGGUCUCGUAGUUCGGGCGAUAUGAGGAGCAGGAAGAAGAGGAGGGCCGUCGUCCAACGGCAGGAUGAGCCGGCGACGCGUCGCCAUGGUGUCUUCGACGACGACGACGAUCUCCACGACACCGCGAGUUCGUCCGACGUCAUUGCUCCCGCGGCAGUGGUGGAAGCUAUGAAGGAUGGUAUGGACCUGCAGCCAAGCUGCGCCUUCUCGGUUCGAAGCACCGGCAUGCAGGGUCUCGCGAUGCUGCACCAUAACUCAUGAAGUAGCUAGCUAGGGAACGAGAACGGCCUUCUUUUGUCGGCCGCAUGUAUAACCAGAUCGCCCAUAGCCUCACACGUCACCUAGCUUGUUUGUUUCCAAGUUAUA